AUAGUUUUCCAUAAUCAUUGAAAAAGGCCAGCAAUGAAUGAAAGGCGAAUCCCGCAGAUGAAGUAAGCGGAGAGAGAAACUACCCUUCCAUCAUCUCUCAAAACUCUCUCUCUCUCUCUCUCUCUCUCUCUCUAUAUAUAUAUAUAUAUAUAUAUAUAUCUACAGCUUAUACACAGAUAAAAAAAAAUCUCUCUCUUCAUGAUUUCAGUGCCUCUGCUCUCAAUCCUCUAAUUAUUUCUAGUGUUACUUUUGAAGUCUCAAGAUAAACAGAGAAGCUACGGUGUUCAUUGUUCAAUUAAAAGCUUAUGUUGCAGUUGAAUUGAGUGAUGGAAGACGACAUAUUUUCGAGCAUUGCAACUAGUGGACAGAUUGAACCUAAGUUUCAACAAAGAUUUCAGACAAAUUUUGUGCUGGUCCAGAACAUUUUGGACCAGAACAGGCUUUUGAUAGAUGAGAUAAACCAGAACCACGAGUCUAAGAUCCCGGACAAGUUGUCGCGCAAUGUGGGACUGAUCCGGGAGCUCAACAACAACAUUAGAAGAGUGGUGGACCUGUACGGCCAUCUCUCCGACUCUGCCAGAUCAAUGGAGACCUUGUCUGAAGGGGAGUCAGCCGGGACAACCAAGUCCGAUGGGAGAGGCGGGCUAAAGAGAGUUAGGUCUGGCAAUUGAUCGUAUUCGGGGUUGCUUUGAUCCCAUCAAAUGUAUGACCUUAUUCUUGAUGAUGAGGUUUUAAUUCCCGGUAUUUAGAUUAGUCGAUUGUUGCUUAUUUAACUUGUUUCGUUGAAUCAUAGAAGAUCUGUGUAAAAAAUUACAAAAUCUCAUUCUUGUGCCUUAAUCUUCAUAAUUGAGCUUUUCUUGCAUUGAGAAUAGUCGAUACACUUUUGAUUUGUAGCCUAUGUAACUUGUGCUAUUGAAUAUUUGAAUGAAUGAUCUAUUGAAAGGUAUAGAAUUUCAUUCUAGUGCCUUCAUUGUGUGA